GCGGGCCCAGGCGGGGGUCCGAGCUGGGCGGCGCGAGCCACUGGCCUGCCCAGCUGCAAGUGGUGGGGGUGCUGGGCGCUCGAGCUGCCGGGCCGGGGACGCCGGGGCUGGCUCUUGGGUGCUCUGGGCCAGGAGCCCGGGCGGUGCCGCCGCUCUCGGGGAAGGAUCUAGGAGCCCUCCGCGCUGGCGGAGUGGCCUCGGAACCGUUGCGGGCGACGCUCCGGGACUGGAGGCGGAGGCCUCGCGCAGGAGGUUGUGGGGUGGGGAGCGUCGGGUUGAAAGUGGGCCGGAGGAGGUGGACAGGGGCGUUUUCGUAAUAGCUGACAGCCCAGGAUGAACGCUUUCCCCUGCGGCCUGCAGGGGAACCUCCCAGGUUCGUCCCUGGAGCUGUGACCUUGGACAAGGCCUAGGCCUUAGUUUUCUAAUUUGUCACAGGAGGAUGGCCAUGAUGUAGCUUUGAGGACGAGGUGCCUGGCACACAGUAAGUCUGCCAAUUUGCCGCUGCUAAAAGCAGCAGGACUGACACACCCUGUCGCAGGUACCCAGUGACUUUAGGAGUCUUUUUGUGGGGAUCUUAUAAGCUUAGAUGCCAAUUUGGCUGCUGUCUUUACCUCAUCUGAGCAAUCCUUGGUUUGGCACAUUUUGAACAUGGGUUCUCCAGAAAAGACAGAGGUUUAGACCAGCAGUAAGGACCCAUAAAGUUUAGACUUUCUUUCUCUAAGGCAGUGAUUUUCAACCUUCCUAAUGCCAUGGCUCUUUAAUACAGUUCCUGUGGGUCGAGACAAGAGAACUGCUGCUCUAAGGGGUCUCCAUGCAUGGUGACACCCUGGAAAGCAGUAGUUACUUCACAUUGAGGGUUUGGAUUUCAUAGGUCAUGUUAUCUGGAUUCAGUAUUCUCUGGGUCCUGGGUCUUUGUGCCUGCCCUAAUGUUUAUUAAGUUUUCAGUCUUCUUCUAACCUCUCCCUGUUAUGCUUCAUGUAGGUCAAGGGUAGCCUCUGUGAAAAGGGUGGGUGAAGAACCAUGAUGUGGCUGCUGGACCCCUUGGUUUAUCCUACCUUCUUUAUGCUGAUGAAAGUCGGUAGGAAGGGGCCUGGGCUUUAUUUUGCUUUCGAAGAAGGGUUACUGGCCUGAAGUACCCAGGGGGGUCCUGGAGGGCAAUAACAUCUGUCAAAAGCACACACAAGCAAACAGGCUACAAAUGGUGCUAUGUAGUUCGUAUAUGGCUUGAUGCUUUGUAUUCCUAAAGAGGCCCUUCUGGAGGGGUGUGGCCUUGUCCUCUAGUCCACUCUGCCCAGCCCAGUGCUGAGCACCUAACGAGUACUUCUCUGUAACUGUCCUCUAUUAACCACCAGGCACUGUGUUGGGCUUUCCUACCACCAUUAUGUGGGAAGGGUUGUGACCACCAGGCACUGUGUUGGGCUUUUCUACCACCCUUGUGUGGGAAGGGUUGUGGUCUGGUAGUGGCCUGAGUCUUUCCUCCAUGCUGAAGGUUCCUCUCCUGCAGGUGAACACCUGCCUGGUCCAACGCCAUGCACACGCUUGUGUUCCUGAGCACUCGGCAGGUGCUCCAGUGCCAGCCAGCUGCCUGCCAGGCCCUGCCCCUACUGCCUCGUGAGCUUUUCCCCCUGCUGUUCAAGGUGGCUUUCAUGGAGAAGAAGACAGUUGUACUACGUGAGCUGGUGCAUACGUGGCCCUUCCCACUGCUCAGCUUCCAGCAGCUACUGCAGGAGUGCGCCCACUGCAGCCGGGCCCUCCUGCAAGAGCGGCCCAGCACAGAGAGCAUGCAGGCAGUGAUCUUGGGGCUGACUGCCCGGCUCCAUGCCCCAGAGGCUGGGGCUGGCACGCAGCCCCUCUGCAGGAAGCACGUGCUGCGGGUGCUGGACAUGACAGGCAUCCUCGAUGAUGGCGUGGAGCAGGACCCAGGCACCAUGAGCAUGUGGGACUGCACAGCAGCUGUGGCCCGCACAUGCAUCGCCCAGCAGCAGGGUGGGGCUGUGGAGCCAGAGCUGGCCACUGUUCCUGUGGAGGUGCGUGUGGACCUGCGAGUGAACCGAGCCUCCUAUGCAUUCCUGCGGGAGGCACUCCGAAGUAGUGUAGGCAGCCCCCUGCGGCUUUGCUGCCGAGACCUGCGAGCUGAGGACCUGCCCAUGCGUAAUACAGUAGCCCUGCUGCAACUUCUGGACGCAGGAUGUCUGCGCCGUGUGGACCUGCGCUUCAAUAAUUUGGGCCUGCGAGGCCUGUCUGUGAUAAUCCCACAUGUGGCCCGCUUCCAGUACCUGGCUAGCCUGAGGCUACAUUAUGUACAUGGGGACUCUAGGCAGCCCUCUGUGGAUGGUGAGGACAACUUCCGCUACUUCCUGGCCCAGAUGGGUCGCUUCACCUGUCUGCGGGAGCUCAGCAUGGGCUCCUCUCUUCUUUCAGGGAGGCUGGACCAGCUGCUAAGCACUCUGCAGAGUCCCCUGGAGAGCCUGGAGCUGGCCUUCUGUGCUCUGCUGCCUGAGGACCUGCGUUUUCUGGCACAGAGUUCCCAUGCCGCCCACCUCAAGAAGUUGGAUCUGAGUGGCAAUGACCUGUCUGGCAGCCAGCUUGCACCCUUCCAGGGUCUGUUGCAGGCAGCAGCAGCCACACUGCUGCACCUUGAACUGACAGAAUGCCAGCUUGCUGAUACCCAGCUGUUUGCCACACUACCCAUCUUAACUCGCUGUGCCAGUCUCCGCUAUCUUGGCCUCUAUGGCAACCCACUAUCCAUGGCGGGGCUCAAGGAGCUGCUGCGGGACUCAGCAGCUCAGGCUGAACUGCGCACUGUGGUACACCCUUUCCCUGUGGAUUGCUAUGAGGGCCUGCCCUGGCCACCACCUGCCUCUGUCCUGUUGGAAGCCUCCAUCAAUGAAGAAAAGUUUGCCCGAGUAGAAGCCGAGCUGCACCAGCUGCUGCUGGCCUCAGGCCGUGCACAUGUUCUCUGGACCACAGACAUCUAUGGACGGCUGGCUGCAGACUACUUCAGCCUAUGAUUGCUAGUCUUUGGGUGAGACACAGGCCAUCAGGGGUCUCCUUGGGUAGAUAGGGCUUUUGCUGGACUGAUAAAAGCACUAGAUUCUGCUUGCCUGCCAGCUCUGCCUGGCUUCUGGGUGUACUUUGAGUUCCCCCUGCUUUUUGCACUGCCCUGCAGUUUGGUGUGGGUCCUGUCUGCAUACCAGAUGUGAGCUGAGAGAGAUGGUCUCCUUGGGUCCUUCCCAACCCUUUACUGAGAACCUACUGAUCUUGGCUUGAAGUUGGACAGGGCCUGCUGCAGGGAGGCUUAGGUCUCUAUGCACUCUGGGGCUCCUUGUGGUGUUAUGGCUGCAGUUGUGCUGCGCUUUGGGGCUGGAGGGAGUCAAGGUACUAACGUGCAGUGUGUCUGGAA